GCUCAAGUCAGUAGCUGUCGUAUGCAGGAAAGCUUCUCUCAUACUGUAGGCAGGCAGGAGGAAGUUUUGAAGCGUAACUUAAUAUAUUACUAGCGAACAGCAGGAAAGCAGGUUUAGUGCAAGUGUCGUUUGAUAAACUAAUAGUAAGUUUGGGUUUUUCCUGGUUGCUAGUCAUAUAUAAACCGCUGCUACGAAGGCCGGACGUACGGAUUUGCCCAAGUCGCACGAAAUACCGUGCUGUUGUUGUGAGAAGAUGGAAAAUUGGGUAACACCUGAUCUGGAUUGAUUUUCACUGUUGGUUUUCUGUGUGCUUUGAGAAGCAGCAGUCGGUAAGCGAAGUGUUGAAGAGUGGUGCAAGGCCAGUGGGGCUCAUAAGAAUGUAUCGAGCCAUACGUUUGGAGAAUGGCAGCUGUUUGGUGAUUUUGGUUUUUCUCUGCUGUGGAAGCGCUUGGUCUGCUUCCAACCAUGGAUUGCUACCGUCGUCAAAUCCCAGGGAGGCUGAGAUGCUGAACAGUAACUUUUUCCGUCGGCUUCGGGAGAUGAUCAUGGAGCGAGCCUACGAGGACGCGUUUAACGAGGUGGCCGAGGAACCGCCAUCACCGCCCAUGAAACCGGUAGAUACAUCCCAUCUGGACAGCCCGCCGAAGCCACGGGCAGUGGAAAAUUGGCCCAUGGUUAGUCACGAAUUCGGCCAGGUUACCGCCGUGUCGAUCAAUCGGGAUGGCAAUCCAGUAAUCUUCCACCGAGGCCGCCGUGUUUGGACUGCAGAGAGCUUCAACGAGACUAACCACUUCCAGCAGAUCGCGGAGGGUCCAAUAGAGGAUAGCACUAUUCUAACGCUGAGCGCUGCUACGGGUAAGGUGAUUGACGAAAGCGGUGGAGGAAUAUUCUAUAUGCCGCACGGUAUGACCAUCGACCGUAAUGGAAACAUGUGGCUGACGGAUGUAGCGCUGCAUCAAGCGUUCAAGUUUAUGCCUGGCCGCGACUAUCCAAGCAUUACCAUCGGCCGACGGUUCGAGCCCGGCUCGUCUCGGAAUCACCUGUGCAAACCGACGGCAACGGCUGUGGCAUCAACCGGGGAAGUUUUCAUCGCUGACGGGUACUGCAACAGCCGGCUGCUAAAGUUUAAUGCGGCCGGACGGCUGAUCAGGAUGAUACCACAACCUCCGGAGUUUCUGUCGCUGCAGGUGCCACAUGGACUUACCCUGCUCGAACAUCUGGACUUAAUCUGCAUUGCUGACCGCGAGAACAUGCGGGUGGUCUGUCCGAAGGCCGGUCUCAGAUCAUCCUUCGGCGAGGGUACACAAGCUGCUACGAUACAGGAGCCUGAUCUGGGUCACGUAUAUGACGUUGCUGCCUAUGGUGACCUGGUUUACGCGGUUAAUGGUCCCACCGCGGAUAUGAUUCCGGUUCGUGGAUUUACAAUCGAUCCUCGUUCCGAAACCAUUAUCGAUCACUGGGGCAAAUUCGAAAAUCCGCACUCGAUCGCCUUCUGUCCCAACGGUUCAGCCAUGUACGUGACGGAAAUUGGGCCCAACAAAGUGUGGAAAUUUGAGUUGCUAUAAACGACCAUCCGCUUGGGUACAGAUAAAAACUUCAAAAUGGAUGCAAAGUGAACCAAGUGCAUAAAGUUUAUUGGAAUAUUUGCAAAUGAAUAUAUCUUAUUUGUAUAAAAUGUCUAAGGAAUUGGAGCGUAAUAUUCAUCAAUAUUCAUUACCAAGUGCAGGUAGAAUUUAUAUGCAACUUCAUAAUAACCAAAUUAUAUAGCAUGCAAGAAGAAUCCUUACCCGGAAUAAAGUGCAGGUAGAACUACUAUCCAACUACAUAACCAAAUUAUUAAAAAUAAAUAAAAUAAUAUAAAUCCGGAAUAAUGGGAACAGAAGAAAUGGCAGAAAAUAACAUUAAACUGUUGCACCAACUGUAAUCACGCAACUUCCAGCCGUAUAUUUACGUUUUUCGUUGCACUGUAGAACGUUUUGGGGGUCAUCAUUAUCUCAGUAUUUGCGUUUUGUGCUUUAUUAGUAUAGUCUGAGUUAGCAAGUUAUUAACCAUAUUAUGUGAAAGAUUGCGUUAUCCAAUUGUUAUUCUAUCUAGUAAAUAAAUAACAGCAGCGUUAGAGGAUUGGUAACUAUUGGCGAGACACGUUAUGAUGAAUCGUAUUUAGUGUCCGGAACAAUACACGUGUAAACUAAGCAUCAACAGAGAAGGAAAAAAAAGAAAACCAAAAUAUCAUAGUGCUGUAUAGUGCUGCAUUACUGCGGCAGUGUAUAAUAAACAUUUAUACGUAGUA